UAUCUAUAUAAUGUGCCAGACAGGUCCCGUUACAACCACACCUCUUUGCCUUUCUAUUUUAAAGUAAUAUAACUAAAUUUAAACCUAGUUUUUGCGAUAAUUUUAGUUAGUUACACUCAGGCUUCUCUCGUGCUACCUAAAGGGUCUUUACCUUUUCACUGCAAUAGUUAUGUACAUGGUCAGAUAACAACCCUGAAAAUGAGAUUUUGUCUCCCAAAAAGUGACACCACUGUGCAUUAAUGUAACAGUUGGUGAAACUUAAUAUUAUCGUGUACAUUUGUGAAACUUUACAUCAUUGUUAUCGCCGCCAUUACUUUUCAAAGUUUUGGAACAUGCUUCACCCUGACACACGCGUUCAAAAUGAGCUCCGAGGUUUGCCCAUUCUGUGGGAAAACUUACAAAAGGUUGAAGAGUCACCUGCCACAUUGCAAAGCAGCAGGGAGCUCCAAGACACCUCCAAGCGAACAUCACGUCAAGACGAAUCAGACGACAUCAUCCUCUCUGCCGGUGGCUGGCCUCUCUGAACCAACGGCAAAGGGGAAAAAGGCCACACAGACGCUGUCGGUGGCGGCAAGUCCGCAAUCAAAGAAGAGCACGAAAGUGUCUGCAGUAUCAUCCGCACCACCACAGCCAUCAUCACAAGCAACGCCUUCCAAGAGUGUGAAUAUGUCGUCACCAUCACAGUUAUUGUCCAUGAGUUCUACAUCGCCUCCACCAUCUACUAAAAGAAGAAACAGAAGCUGUCCGAACAAAUCAAGAUGGCUGCCAUGCCCUCCUCUGCCACCCCAUCCCAUAUCUCCUCCCCAGCGCUAUCUCCAUCCCACUGUUUCUAAACCAAAAAAGAAGAGUCUCCGUGCUCUGAUAGAAGCUGCAAAGUCCAACCAAGUUCCUAAGGGAUCACUGGAAGGAACCAGAUCUGCCUCAGGAGAUCUGCCCUCAGGUUCAGCUCCAUUUUAUCAGAUCCUCAGGUUCAGAACCACAACACAGACAGAGACCAACAUUAUUCCAGACAACACCAGGUCUGCCCCUCCGUCCACAGGCACUAAGCCCAAAGACGCCCCUAAAAAGGAGUCAAGGAGGGCUGCACCAUCUCUUUCCACAAUAAAUGAAGGUAGCGCAAGACCCCAUGCACAAGAGAACCUCUGGGUGGACAGCAAGGAGGAAGUUGAGGAUUUAUCUGUGAAUAAGAUCUUCUCAAAACCUGGAAGUGGUCUCCAGAGCAGGAUUACCCUCCAGAAUGUUAAAGCCACGUUAGGCAGAGCUAAAACCACAAGUCAGUCCAGCGGGGCAAGUAUACUGAGCCAGGUUGAGACCGCUAAAAACCUACGCAGCAAAACCAGAAUUGAUACUAGUCACAGUCCAGUAGCAGUUCCAGCAGAGAACCAAAAAGAUGUUGUUAGCUGCUUGAUAACAACAAAAUCUCUGUCAGACCAGCUAAAGCCUAAACAAGUGUCCUUAAUCCCUCUGAAACACAAUGGUUCCUCUCAGACCAAACCAACCCUCCCUGCAGCUCCCCUCCUCUCUGGCUCGUCUCAGGUGAGCCAAGCUACACCACCUCCACCACCAGUCAGCAUUAAAGAGGGGCUGAACGUAGGCCACCGCAUGACGGGACUCGGCUCACUAUCACCAUCACCCAUCACCCAGCUUUCCAGUCCUCAUCUUUUCCCUUUUGCUGCACAAACUCUGCCGGCGAGGGUGGAGACACUGAGAGCUGAUGAUGGGUCGAAGCUCGACUGCAGGAAACAAAACAUGGCUCACAAUCAAACCGAAGGGUCUGUGACACAGAGGAGUCUUGGACAGGUGAAACUGAAGGAGUUACCUGAAUGGCUGGCCUGCAGAACCCCCACCCGUCCAAGAGACGUGGUGGAAAUGGUGCAAAGAGGCUGGCAGUGGUAUUACAGGAGAUAUAUUGACGUGAGGAAAGGUGGUGUGGGCGGACUGGGCAUGCUGUUGGCGGGUUACUGUGUGCUCAGCUACAUCUGGAGUUACCCUCAUAUAAAGCGGGAUCGUUGGAGGAAGUACCACUAAGGUCAAGGGAAGAUGUUUGGACAAGCGUGACUGUGUGGAAACAGCAGCUGUGGUAGGAGGAGGGUUCCAUUUUUACACUUCUUUUUGUACAGGUUAAACAAAAAAAGACAACCUGUAAACUAGUGAUCUUUAGAGGUACUGGUAUGCAGAUGCUACCCGAGUUGUUUCCCCAUCUCCAGCCUUUAUGCUAAGCUAAGUUAAUGCUGGCUGCAGCUGUAAAUUUAACUGACAAAUAUGGGAGUGGUAUUAGUCUUCUUAUCUAACCCUCCACCCAGAAAGUGAUAUAGCAUAUUUGUCAAACCGUCCUUUCAGCAACUGGAAGAGUUGUAAUUCUGAUACUAGUAGUUUCAUUCUCAUGCAAAAGCCAUCUGAAAGCCUGUGGGCAUUAUACUGUCGUUAAUGUAAAUUAACUUAAGUUUGAGUUUAAUUUCAGAUUUAUUUAUUUAUCGUUAUUAGUAUGUGUGCAUGUUAUUUUAAUUUUUGGAGAGAAAUAUGCACAGGAAAUCCUCUAAAAAUUACGUUUUAAUUGGAAUUUGUUAUGAACAAAGCCAAUUUUGGUCUCAGUAUCAGAAUCAAAAUAGUUUCGCUCAAGGUAAGAGGAAAUCCCUCUGUGUGUUCCAGGAGCUCCACUAGGUGUCACUGUUGAGUCAUGUUAACAAAACCCAAAAGGGAUGGGCAGUCAAAUGUUUGCUAUGCAGAGUUUUCUUUGCUCUUUUGUGCAGAGGCAUUGGCGCUGGGUUCCAUGAGAGGAUUAGAGGAAACCAACAGUUUUUAACUUGAUAAAAUCUUUCUCUGGAAGCUCAGAUGUAGAGAAACAUGAAAUGUGAAAUAUCCAUGAAAAGAUCCCUAUCUGUGGAGCAGAGGGUCACAAAUAUGUUUUUCUUUGGAAAUGCUUCCCUUGUCACAUGAUGUUAUUAUGCAUGCUCAGUCUGUCAGUGCCAGUGUGUGAACACUCACAGAAUAGUAAUGGAGGGACACUGAAGGAGGUUCUCAGCCGGACUGGACCAGUUUGUUAUUGUAUUCCAAAUGAAUUUAUUGUUGACUCUCCUUGCUGCUGUAGUGAACACACAUUAGCUACAAAUGAAGAAAUGACAGUAUUUUUGUACAAUUUUUUUUUUCUCCUGACGCCACUUCUUAGCCAACACAAUAAAAAAUAAUUUCCA